AGCCCCUCCCUCCAUCUCUUUCUCUCUAUCAGUCGUUCGCGCGGUCAAAUGCGAAACAGAGAAACCACAAGGAAAGGAAGAGAUCGAAGCCGCAGAAAAUGGAUGGGAAGCCGAAAGCUGGAGUGUCGAUGACCAACACGUGGCUGAGGAAGCACCGUCUGAUCUACACUGGAGCCACCCGACACCCCUUCAUCAUCAGCAUUCGCGACGGCACCGUCGAUCUUUCCGCCUUCAAACGCUGGCUGGGCCAGGACUACAUAUUUGUGAGAGCAUUUGUACCAUUUGUGGCGAGUGUGCUGAUAAAAGCUUGGAAGAAUUCCGAUCACGAAAGCGGCGAUAUCGAAUUGGUACUGAGUGGGGUGGUUGCUCUGAGUGAUGAGAUUGAAUGGUUCAAGCAAGAGGCUUCCAAGUGGGGCGUUGAGCUAUCCGGUGUUGUUCCUGAAAAAACAACCCAGGAUUACUGCAGAUUUCUGGAGGAUCUAAUGAGCCCGGAUGUUGAUUUCGCCGUGGCCAUGACAGCCUUUUGGGCCAUCGAAGCUGUAUACCAAGAGAGCUUUGCCCAUUGCCUGGAAGAAGGGUCCAAAACCCCACCAGAACUGCAAGAGGCUUGCCAAAGGUGGGGCAAUGAUGGCUUCGGCCAGUACUGCUCUUCUCUCCGAAACAUUGCUGACCGAGAGUUGGAGAAGGCCGCCUCAGACGGUGGGCCUUUGGUGAAGGUUUCAGAAGAUGUGGUCACCAAGGCUGAAGUAGCGUUCCUGCGUGUACUCGAGUAUGAGGUUCAGUUUUGGAACAUGAGCCAUGGGAGUCCUGGACGCUCUGCUUCAUGAACCUAAGUGGAAGCGAUAAACUAAUGGCCUUCACAGCAGGAAAUGAGGCUGAAGUUGGACAAGCAAACAGCUGUUGCCUGUGCUGUGUAAAUAAAACUAAGCUUUAGUAAGCACUGUAUAAGACCUUGGGAGUAGAGGAGGACAAAAAUAACAUUGCGAAAAACAGACUAACAAUGUUUAGUAUAUAUAGAGGGCUUCCUCUUUACCCCA